AUGAAGGACCUCCGCAAUGCGAAUGAUAUGCUGCCGAUUAGUGAGCUAAAGUCUCGUCCAUCGAAGCUUCCAUCUACAAACUCGACUAAUGGGAAUCUGACUGGAUGGCGUGGCAUGAGUGGUAUGAAAGCACCCGAGUUUGGCAGAGAACGUGUUACGUACGGAGAUCUUGAUGAUGACAUCCGGCAUUAUGCGGAUGAGCCCGUUGAGGACGGCGUCUGGGAAACAGACUCGGACACGGAGUUUGUGAUCAGGUGCUGCGGAGACGACAGACCACUGCGGAAAAGAGGGCAGAAGUUGGAAAUCAAACCUUCCGAAUCCUUCGUUACUGUCAAGGACUACGUCAGCGGUGUGUAG